UAUUAUUUUACGCAAGAAUAUGGUUAAACGUCAUGUAAUACAAAAUUAUACAUAGCUUACAGUUGCUUACAGUAGAGUAUGGUGACAGCAGGGCUGGUGACAGAUAUGGUAACCAGAUGGUAAAGGGUAUACUAGAACCACAUUACAACAAGAUCCGCUGUAGUCAGUCGCGACUCUGAACUACCUCUGAAAACAAUUUGGUUUUUAAACCAAAUACACAAAAAUUUCCUAUUUUACUCCGGACAAAGUGAUAUAUUUCUGGCAAUAUAACGAAGUGAACUGUUUGCCAUAUUAUUGUACCUGAUAAAACAAGAAAACUAGUUUAAUAACCGGCUGGCUUACGCAUGCUUUAAAUUAAAAUGAUUUCAAAACAAAGAUAAUUCAUAAAUAUUUCAUUAAUACAGUAACAUUAAGCACACACGCCUGAAUAAAUGCUCGAAAACUAUGAUCCGACAUAUCAUAUGUGUACGUAACGACAACACUGUAAAAGCAUCUUAUAAGAUAAUAUAAACCGAGGUUCAUGGACAACACGAUGGGAUGGAAAUCUUGCACUUGGCAUGACACGGAAUUCAAACGACUGGUUAGCUCUACCUCCAAGUUAUAUCUCACAAAUCUUAUCGUUAUUUGUGUUGUUAACAUUCUGCUAACCAUUUCAAAUAUUUGUUUAAAUACAAUCACAAUUUUAGCCUAUUUUAAAUCAAAAGAAUUGAAACAGAGAAAGUCCUAUUUUCUAAUAGCAUUGCUGUCCUUUAAUGACCUGACAAUAGGAGUGUUGGGAACUCCUAGCGUUGUUGCAUUGGCGGUGAAAACUUUAGUAAAAGAUGAUGAAUGUACUGUCGAUAUUCUAUUCGAGCUCACUGCCGGGAGUUUAUCGGCUUUUUCCUUCUCAACAUUAUUUGUGCUGAACUUAGAGCGCUAUUUGUGCAUCGCUCAUCCAUUUUUUCAUCGUAAUCACAUGACGAAACCUAAGCUGUUUGGAAUGGUGAGCCUUCUAUGGGCAUCAGCAUUAUUACUUAUCUUCUCAAGGUUAUUCAUAGACACUGUGAUGAGAUACACAAGAACCAUUGUCAUCAUCAUUAUGGUUAUUCUAUCAGUGUCUAUGUAUAUCUCAAUAUACCGAAAUUCACGCAAGACGACACAGCUCUAUCGUUCACAAAGGCAUUUGAGAGCAAGCAGCACCCAAGAUCUCAAACUGGCAAAAUCUUGUGGAAUCGUCGUGACCUGCACGAUCAUCUGUUUCACUCCAUACGCUAUGACAAGCUUCUUCAAACCCAAGGCUGACGAUCUAGUCUUCGCAAUGGCAUCAGUUUGGGCGACCACCUUUGCCAUGGCCGCGUCUUCCAUCAAUUCAAUCAUUUUCUUCUGGAGAAAUAGAAUCUUAAGGCAUCGAGCAAAAAGAGUUCUGAAGUGCAGGGCUUAGCAAUGACUAGGGUUUAACGAAAGAAAAUAAUUAAGUGGUCUUAUAAACAUACACUGCAAUAUACCAAAUCUUGCCAGAGUCGAAACAUUGCUUCUUGAAUAAAGCUUCACUGAAUUCGCGAGUCGCUUAAUUCUUGGGAAUGGUUUUGAAAUAAAAUAAUUGAAUAGCUGGUGAGAAAACGACAAGAUGCAUGCAUGAUUUAACACUAAAAGCAAGCAAAGAAUUUUUUAUGUUUGCAAAACGGAAACCUAUAUUUUUUCUUCAUU